AUGGGCAAUUUCCAUUGUUUGUGUGCAGGAGUGAAUGAAAAUGAAUCCUUGUGGUAGAUGAAACGCAUCAUUGUGACAGACACAUACAUCUACUAUUUCCCAUACACGAAUUACACCAUAAAAACACCAAAGAUCAAUGAGGAUUGGACCAAUUAUAAGGAUUUGCCAUCCACCAUACCGCAGAUAUAGGAGAGAAUGCAAUAUAUUAAGCAGAACAAACUAGAUCCGGACUCUGUUACAGCGCCUCCCCUUUAAGUGCAAUAGGUUUCAGAUAAAUAAGUGUUCAUGAUCCCGAUCGAGUAGUUGGUUAAUUAUUUGUCGAAGGAUGGAUACAACACCAGCAUAUCAUCAAUUUAGGGAUAAGCUAUAUGUUUGAUCAAUAAACUGAGCAAGCAAGUGUAAUAUUUGAUAGCGUAAAAUUAAGCGGAUAAUUUAAAAUUCUUUAGAUCCAUAAUAGUUGGGAAUGCAUUUCAAAAGUACUACACUGAUAGAAAUUCUAAGAAGAUUCAACUGAAUCAGAAUGUAAUCACAUGGCUACAGGAUAGUGUUACUGAGGUAAUUGCUAAGUUGGAUUGCAACAAUGAAAACCUGAUUUCGACAUAUCAAAUAUUGUGUGAGUGCAACAAUCUAGUGAAUGGCCUAAUUUUCAGAUUGAAUUUGAAUGAACACCUGAAAUCACUGGAAUUGCUGUUGGAAUCUAUUAAGCCAGAUUAGAUCAUUAAUUUAACCCUCAAAAAUUGUAAUCUUAAGUCAAUCAUGAUCUAGGAAAUUGCACCAAUCCUUAAGAAACGACCUUAUCUCUAGCAAUUAGACUUCAGCCAAAACGCAGUGGAUGACAGAGGCAUCGAUUCAAUUGCGAUGCUCUUUGAAAAGUGCUUAGAUAUCAAUUACAUCAAUCUGUCUGCCAAUGUCUUACAAGGUAAGGAAUAGUACUUAGAGAUCUUCCUACUCAAAGCAGGAGCCAUUCUAAAUAAGGUCUCUAUCGAUUUAAGCUAAAAUUAAUUGAAUGACUCCAGCAUCCCCAUCAUUGAGAAUAGAAUUAUAAAAGAUGAUAAUUGUUAGAUUGUGAACAUCAAUCUUAGUUACAAUCGAUAUUCCAAAGAUGGUCAAAUGUCUUUGUUUAAUUUAUUCUCUAAAAAGGCAAAGCCACAUCUUGUAUAUAAAAUAUAUCCCUUGCCCUACACCUAACAUGUGGUAGAGUAACUGUUCAAUCUAAAGAAGAACCAUCAUUAAGAAAUCAUUUUCGAAGAAUCUCAGGAAUUAUAGGGAUCCCAAGCCAGGAGAGGUCACUCUAUUUUGAAAUAGCCAUAACAACACAUUUAACAUCAUCCAACAUUGUAUUAAAAACAAACAAUUCAAUUCAAUUUCCCACCCCAAUUGCCUUAGAGACACUAAAUCACUUUCCUUAAAAAACAAACGAAAAAGCAACUCCCCUCAAAUGCUAAAGUAUUGUAAGAGAUAAGAAAUAAGGAGGAAUAGAUCCUGUAAGUUUUACAAUUAAAUAAUAAUGAUCCUCCAGUGGAAGAAAUCUAUCAGAUCACUGAGGAAAUUAAGACAUUUUAAUAUAACAUCUCGCACACAAUAGUAAAUCAAUUAUUACAGAUGAUUUGGAGUAAGCUCAAUGAUGCAAUCCUAUUUAGAGACAAUUACUCAAUUAGUUUCUUGACCUUCUCUUCAUUUAAUUUAGGAAUGGACAUUACCAUAUUCAAAGAAAAAUAUGUGAAAUUGUCAAGGAAAUUGCAAUUGAUUGAAAAUAGAAUCAACAAACUGCUUAACUUUCAGGUUGAAGAGAGUAAGAUCAAUAAAGAACUUGAUGAUUUGAUAGCAUUAUGUCAUAGACUGGAUAUUAGGGGGACUCCAAUUGAUUUCUUGUUGCAAUUGAAAUUAGAAAGAGAAACCAUAAUAAGACGAUUAGUGUACUAAGAUUAUGUAUGGUAAUUUGAAUACUAUGAUGAUCUAUUAAACGAUUCAACUUAAUUUAUUUUUAGAGAUAAGGAAUAUGCAUCGAAAUAAUUACAGCAACAAUUACCAGUUGCACCCACUCUCCUUUUACAUCCCCUCAACACAAGUUACUACGAUUUGACUCAAAUUUCAAUACAGGAAUAUGAAUAAUAUCUGGAGACUCUGACAAAAAUUAUCAUAUAUCAGAACUCAUAUUAGGAUAAGACUCUUAUCAAUACAUACAACAUAUUGGAUUUUGAUAAAGUGGAGAAUGAAAAGAUAUUGUACUUUGCCAGACUGGGUUAAAGGAGAGCGAAGUAUAUAGUAUACAAUCAUUUUGAAAAUUUCAAUUAAAAUAUCUGGAAUGAGAAUUCAGAAGAACACUAGCUCAAUUUGGUUCGAGUGGUUGUGAACUACUAUUCUGCUCAAUAUCGUAAAUAGCAAUUAAGGUACUAUUUAGAGAAGAUGUCUCACAAUUACACUGAAAUGAAGUUAGAUGAAAUAAUCGAAGAUAUUGAUGUAAAACAACUAAAUUGUGAACACAGAUAUUAAAUCUCUGACUUAAAGAUAAAACAUCUAAGAAUUACUUUACCUGAACCCAGCAAUCGAGAAUUCAUUUAAUCAAAACAUAUUUUUGAAUAUCCUUAUCUAAAUCGCAUUCAGCAAUUAGAUAUUGAGGAUCCUAUCUAUGUGUUUGCAUAAAGUGAAUUAAUCAAAUAGUUAAAGCACAUUGUCUCUUAGGUUGUGAUUAUGGGAAGUGAGAAUUACGAUAACAAUUCUGUACUAAAUUCAGUUCAUCUUGUUAUUGAUAUUUGCAGUAAUUCUCCUUGUCCAUGUUUGUUGGCUGACGACCUCUACAUAUUCCUUAUUAUGACAUAAUUGAAAGUAAAGGAAACUAGUUUUUCGAAAUUGUUCUCAUUGUUUUUGCAUUAUCUGAGUCCUUCGAGAACCUUAAUGUAACCACUAUACGAUUGGUUAAUAAGUACCUACCAAGAGUUAAAAUUUCAUCAGUUGAUGACUGCGUGGAUAAACAAUGCUCCUAUGAUCUAUUGGUUACCUUCAAUAUAGGAAAUCAAUUUCAGAUUCACUAAGCCUAAGAUUAUGAUACACUAUCUACAUUCGAAGAUACUCUAAGUUGAAUUCGAUGGGUAUGCAACUGUUUCAGAGGUUAUGAAUCAAAUAUAUGAGGAAGUAUCUGAGAAGGAUAAAGGAGGUUUGUGGCUGUAUGUGAGAGUGGAGUUCAAGCAAGAGUAAUAAUAAGGAUCUGGUAAUGUCUUAAAGUAUUUGGACAUCCCUCUUCUUGGUUAAUUGGGCUUUUGGGAACAUGUCUCUCGUAUUAGUUAAGAGUAUAAUGUGCUCUCAAUUGAACUGAGAAGGAGAAUCUUUUGUAUGGAUUGUGUUGAAAUUCAAUCGAUUUAAGAGAUUACCAAUUAGUUCAUCAAUUAUCCUUACAUCUGUUAGCAUUAUAACAGUGAAAGCAUCAAUAAGAUUAUAAUCAUACUGAUGUGCAUAGAAUCAAUAAAUGAUGAACAACAGAACACAUAAGACAUCAAUAUUUACAAUUACAUCCAGUUUAUACCAGUUCACUUAAGAGGUUAAAUAGACAUAGAUGAUUUAAUCAAUUAGCAUUAGGAAAUGAUUGCUUAAUUUGCUUAUUUUGAUUAAACAUAACUAACUAAAUUGAUUAAAAUCAUUCUAUCAUUCAAUCCUUGUUUUAAUGGGUCAAUUUAUUAAGUGAAUUUUGAAAAAGAAAAUUGUGAGAUGAUAGUAAAUUAUCACGGAAUAUAAAUUUACCAAGGCACGUCAUUUGUGUAAUCCAUACUAUAUUCUGAAAUAGUAGGAAUAUCGAUUUCAUCUGCAUAGUUGAGAUUGCAUUCAUACAGACAGAAAUUCAAUAAAUUGAUAUUCACCUUUUAAGAUGACUAAAGUUUGGAGUGUUAUCAGAACAUACUCUCUUAUUUGGUCUUGUUAUCAAAAGAAAAGCCAGAGUAUUUUAGUCUUUAUUAUGAGUACUCAAAAAUUAGAUACAAAUAUAAUCUGCACCUUACUAAUUCAUCUGACUAGGAUGAAAUUGUGGAAUAACUGUUAUCUCUUGCUCAAAAAACAGGAAUCUAGAAUAUUUUAGAGCGCUAUCAAUAAAUCUAUAUCUAAAAGUUUUUGGAAGAUAGUCAUCUAUCAAGAGUUGCAAAAAAGCAAUUGAAACUACUCUAAAUCAUUUAAUCUGCAACACCCUUUAGACCGAUGGAUCAAAUAUUCCCAUUUCAGAAGGAGUGUCCUAUUAUAUAAUUUCUUAAGCCCAAGUUCCCUUAAAGUCAAGACAUCACUAUGUAUUUUGGCAAAGGCAGUAGAAACGAAAUAAAGAGAUUGUUUGACCCAAUCAGAGAACUCUUUCCUUCAGUUGAAUACUUAGAUGACUCACCUAAUUCUUCAAGAGGGAAGUCGGCAAAGGAAUCUUUAAAGUUUGAAAAUUAAUUGCUUGGCUCGAAUCAUCUCAAAUCAUAAAGAUCGAAGGGGAUAAGUUCUGAGAGCAGGAAGGUUUCUUUGAUUAAUUCCAGAAAAACUAUAGAGUAAAUCCAGAUAAAAUCGGAGGAGAAAUAGGAAGUAAAAUCAGAGCAACAAACUUAUAGAAAGAUUUCAAAUGACAAUAUGUUUAAGUCUUAGGAGAUUCAAUCGGAGCAGAAGGCCAGUUUUAUUUAUAAGAUCUAAGAGGAGGAGGAGAAUAUCAAAUCAGAAUAUAGUCCCAGUAUAUUGUAAUAGCAAAAUCUAAGAGUGAGUUUGUCAUUGAGUAAGACUGUGGAACAUGUCAUGUUCUAAUCACAUGAGAGUGAUUUAAACCGAUUGAGAUUGGAGGGAGUCUUGAAAUCUUAGUAAUCUGCUAUAUUGCUAUAGAACCAAUAAGACUCUCGAACGUAGUCAUCUCAAUAGUUAUUGGACAAGGACAAUGAAAGCAUUUUUGGGUCAGUCAAUAGCAUAAAAUCAAAGAAGGAAUAGAAGUUGCAUUCGUUGUCAGAAUAAUUCAUAAAUUGA